AUGAUCCUUAUAGACGGCACCAAAUACUCAUGCCUGGAAUGCAUUCGUGGCCAUCGCUCCUCUCUGUGCCGCCAUUACAUGCGAGCGCUUCUUCAGGUGCGAUCUAAGGGACGACCAAACUUCCAGUUUUCUUCUGGGAACAAGAAUCACCGGAUCGCAGUGUUUGCCGAAGAAGUGGCUGACUCACCCGAUCCAGUCUCUGCCUCCUGCAAAGAUGUCCCAGUGGUUAUUCUUAAAACCUCGGAUAAACAGGUGAUCGAUAUGACCAAUGGCCGAAUCGUGGGACCAUAUCGGAAAGAAGAAGUGCCUUUCCAAUCAUCCAAUCCAGUGAUAACUUCUGAUAACUUCCUAGUAUCGUCGUCAUGUUGCUCCGAUGGUGCUUCCAAGGUUCGUAAGUCGUGUUCAUGCAAUCAGAAAAAGGUUUCAAAAUCGAAAAUCCUCAAGUCUUACAUCGACAAAAAGAUACAACAGCAAAAUGCUAUCAAAGAAUCCCCAUCAUACGACAAGGUACAAUUUAGACAGGCGAAACUGUGUUGCAAAAAGAAUGAUAAGAUAACAGCUGCUUUGAAAUGCGAAGAGAAAGAGCAACCCCUAGCUGCAAAUCGAAACGGCUCUUCUGAUUCAUAUCAAUACUUGCCCAAUACAACCACAUAUCCGAAGAUGGAACCCGUUUCAGUUAAUCAACUGGACCAAAAACAGUUCUCAUCAAAUGAUGAGAUUUCUGACAUGCAAACAAGUAACUUUUAUGCAUCUAGCUCAACCAACGAUGUCUUCGAAGUGAUCAAUGUGCCAAAUUGUUCUCUUCCAGGAACAUGUUCUUGUUCUACUGAUUGCGCAUGUCCUAAUUGUAUGACGCACAAUAACUAUCAAGACCCAAAAAACAGCCGUGUGCUUGACUUUUUGAACAACGACUCGCAAUUGGACUCAAACCUCAUUUUGACUCUGAACCCAGGUCUCCGGCAGAGUAUACCUCAAACCCACAUGCAGCCCACUUUCCAAAAUGGGAGUACCCCUUCCUUAUCCUUCCCCAAUGCACUAAAUCCAGACUCUUAUGCGCUUCCCUCUUCUGACAAUUUACACCAGCUGCAUGGCCAGAAUCCAGAAUACGCAAUGCAAAACCGCAACCAAUCAGACAACUUAGUGCCCCUAAACGGCCUGCUGAUUUCCAAUUCCAACUUUAGAUCUCCGUUUCCCAACAUUCUGUCUUUAUCAAAAGAUUUCGAUACCUACAACAAUAUUCUACUGCAAGUAAUAGGAAGCACCAUAAUGCCCGCGGAACAUCCUUCUAGCCUGUUGUCUGACGAAUCUGAAGAUUCUAAUGUGUGUACUUGCGCGGAUGACGCAUGCAACUGCGCCAAUUGUGAGACACACGGAAUCAUUGACGGUUACAAAUUGGAUGACAUUUUCGUGUCAAAAGCGCCUUUAGAUAACUUUCCCAGAGUCGACUUGCACUGA